AAACGCAGAGGAAAGCAUAUUCCAAAGUACCAAAGCGAGACCAAACUCCCAAAAGUCUGUUAAACCACCAAAAACCCCUUCUACUUCUGUCCCCAUUAGGGUUUUUUAGGGUUUCUCCGUUUCCUUUUUCCUUCAAACUUCACCAAAUGACUUCCGUGUUUUCCUUUCCUUGGUUUUUUUGACUUCCUUCUUUAAAACCCAUGUAACACACAAACCCAAAAACUCCGAAACCCCAAAUUUUUUUUUUUUUUUUUUUGAAAAAAGGUGACAACUUUGAGAUAUUAUGAAUAUGGAGGCGAGAGUUGGAGUGGUGGUUGAAGGAGGCCAAAGGGCUUUGAAUUCAGCCCACGGAGCUGUCGUAGAUGCAGGGACCAGAAAGUUUUUACAGCAGCAACAGCAACAUGGGCAUUCUUCAAUGCAGGGUUUGAAUCCGCAGAUUGGGACUAUUCAACAGCUUCUUGCUGGUGGUAUUGCUGGUGCUUUUAGCAAGACCUGUACAGCUCCUCUUGCUCGUCUCACCAUCUUGUUUCAGGUGCAAGGAAUGCAAUCCGAUGUAUCAACAUUGAGCAAGGCUAGCAUAUGGCGUGAGGCUUCACGAAUUAUUAAUGAAGAAGGGUUCAGAGCAUUUUGGAAAGGCAAUCUCGUUACUAUUGCUCAUCGUCUUCCCUAUUCUUCAGUCAACUUCUAUGCCUAUGAACGCUACAAGAGUUUCUUGCAAUCCAUUAUCAGCCUGGAAAAUCGAAAUGCCAGUGCUGAUCUCUGUGUGCGCUUUGUAGGGGGUGGGUUGGCUGGAAUGACUGCUGCCUCUGCUACAUAUCCACUGGAUCUCGUAAGGACUCGACUUGCAGCACAGAGAAAUGAAAUAUACUACAGAGGUAUUUGGCAUGCAUUUCAUACCAUUUGCAGGGAAGAGGGAUUUUUUGGCUUGUAUAAAGGACUUGGAGCAACAUUAUUGGGUGUUGGACCAAGUAUAGCAAUAAGUUUUUCAGUAUAUGAGUCUUUGAGAUCUUAUUGGCAGUUGCAAAGGCCCAAUGAUUCCACCAUUAUGGUUAGUCUUGCCUGUGGCAGUCUCUCAGGCAUUGCCUCAUCAACUGCAACAUUUCCUAUUGAUCUUGUGAGGAGGCGAAUGCAAUUGGAAGGGGCUGCCGGACGAGCCCGUGUUUAUAAAACUGGGUUGUUUGGGACUUGCAGGCAUAUUAUCCAGUCUGAAGGCCUUUGCGGAUUGUAUAGAGGGAUUCUGCCUGAGUACUACAAGGUGGUUCCUGGUGUAGGCAUUGUCUUCAUGACCUACGAGACAUUGAAGAUGCUUCUAUCGAGCAUCCCUACCAGUUAUUAGCAUCAUUUCAGACUCCUUUUUUGGCAUACAUUUUGUCUGUUGCAAUUUGUUAGUCAUUCAGUUCUCAAGAUGACAAGGAAACCCAAAAAGAAUAGGGUAAAACAAAGUAAGCAGUUGCUCUUUCUUUGGUAUUAGUUGGGAAAUGGUGGUAAAUUUUGCGGUUGCUGCCAUGGGUAUUUUUUUUUUUAAUGUAUAGGUGAUUAACACUGUGAGAGUGACGAAAAGCGUAUCAACAAUCUAGUUCCAAUAUACUUAGGCCGUGAUCACCGUUUUGUACGUUAAUUGUUUAUCGAUGAUAAAGUCAUCAACACAGUUUUCCGCGACUUGUUUUAUUACCUGCCUCUGUGCAGGACAGGCUGGCUGCCAGUGUUCAAUUCUUUUGUAUCUGAAGCGACAUUAAAUUGAAAAUGUUGGUUAUUUGUGAAAAGCUAUGCGUGAUUAAUUUCUAUGGAUAGAAAAUAAA